GGAAGGAAACCAUACCUGAGAAGCGGCCGGCGUUUCUGGAAGAGGGAAGCGGAGGCGUUAUCGCCGUCAUCGGCGGCAAAGUUCGCCGGCACCAGCCGCCGCACCGUCUUCGCCGAUCGGCGCCUGCUUCCUAGGCAAGGCGCCAAGAUGGAUCUCAAGGAUAGCCUUUCCAGAUUCAAACAACAGCAGGAGAGGUGCCAGUCAUCUUUAGCUAGCAUAGCUUUGACCUCAAAGCCAAAGCACAGGGCCCAACCGAUAAAUGCUCCAUCUGUUCCAGCGAGGCCAUCAAAACCUAUUAAGUUUUCAAAUGACACUGAAAGGCUUCAGCACAUUAAUUCGAUUAGGAAAUCCCCUGUUGGAGCACAGAUGAAACUUGUCAUUGAACUGCUCUACAAGACAAGACAAGCUUUUACUGCAGAGCAAAUAAAUGAAGCAACUUAUGUUGAUAUUCAUGGUAAUAAGGCUGUCUUUAACAGCUUGAGGAACAACCCCAAAAUACAGUAUGAUGGGAGGCGUUUCUCGUACAAGUCCAAGCAUGAUCUUAAUGGAAAAGAUCAACUACUUGUUUUGAUAAGAAAGUUCGCAGAGGGUCUUGCUGUAGUGGAAAUCAAGGAUGCAUACCCAACUGUAAUGGAAGAUCUUCAGGCUCUGAAGGCAGCAGGUGAAGUUUGGCUGUUGUCAAACAUGGACUCCCAGGAGGACAUCGUGUACCCUAAUGAUCCUAAGAACAAGAUCAAGGUUGAUGAUGAUCUGAAACAGCUCUUCCGGGACAUUGAGUUACCACGCGACAUGGUGGACGUGGAAAAGGAGCUUCAGAAGAACGGCUUCAAGCCCAUGACCAACACUGCAAAACGACGAGCAGCUGCCCAGAUCGAUGGGGUGAAACCCAAGCCCAAGGCCAAGAAGAAGCAACGCGAGAUCACAAAACGGACCAAGCUCACGAAUGCCCAUCUGCCCGAGCUCUUCGAGAACCUCAACACUUAAUCAGGUUAUGGUUGUCACCAAAGCAACCACUGAUUAUUGCAAUGUUUUGUAUACAUGCAAGAUUGAACCGUUUUGUGUGCAGUUUAUGGCCCUGUACGGUGUAAGCUGUGCACAAGUUUGGUCGGGCCUCCAGAGUUGGGGUCCUUUCCCUUCCAAUACAUAAAGAGGAUUUCAUAUGCCAUACCAUACCUGGUGCUAGUAACUUCUAGUUUAAUUGAAGAGCAUGGGAACUGUGCAUGUCUAUGGCACCUCACAAAAUUGUCAUACCAUACCAUAUCUGUUUUGCUUCGCUUACAUCUUUGAGAAUCUUGAUUGAUGUUU